CUCAGCCUCUCACUGGCUCACCCUCUGCCUCUGGAGACUCUGGAGAGCUACAUCGCGGGAAGUCGAAAGAAAAUGGUGGCCUUUGUACUGAACGUCUCUCCCAAAAUUUCCCGCUUUAAUUUGUUUCGAAAACGUUCUCUUCCUCACACAGUACUUCCGUCCUUGACCCACCUGAGACCACAACAUCGAAUACAACAACCCACUCGGUCUCAUGUGUUUUCUUCCUUGGGUUCUCCUGCAGCUCGUUUCUCUAUCUCCAGUCUUAAUUCCUCAAAGACCCAGAAUGGAACUUCAGGAACUGGUGAAGAUUUGGUUGUUCUUGGCAUUGAGACGAGUUGCGAUGACACCGCCGCUGCUGUUGUUCGAGGCAAUGGAGAAAUUCUUAGCCAAGUUGUGUCUUCUCAGGCAGAUUUACUUGCACGGUAUGGAGGUGUUGCUCCUAAAAUGGCAGAAGAAGCACACUCACAAGUGAUUGAUCAGGUAGUUCAACAGGCACUUGAAAAAGCAAAUUUGGCUGAGAUGGAUCUUUCUGCAGUUGCUGUUACUAUUGGCCCAGGUUUAAGCCUUUGUCUACGUGUUGGUGUUCAGAAAGCUCGGAAAAUUGCUGGGAAAUUCAAUCUACCAAUUGUUGGUGUUCAUCACAUGGAAGCUCAUGCUUUGGUUGCCAGGCUAAUGGAGGAAGAGUUGCGAUUUCCAUUCUUGGCCCUUCUAAUUUCAGGAGGACACAAUCUCCUUAUUCUUGCACAUGAUGUUGGCCAAUAUGUACAACUAGGGACAACGAUAGAUGAUGCAAUUGGUGAAGCCUAUGACAAGACAGCAAGAUGGCUUGGCCUUGAUAUGAGAAGAAGUGGUGGCCCAGCUCUGGAAGAGCUUGCUCAAGAAGGUGAUGCACACACUGUCAAAUUCAAGGUCCCAAUGAAGCAACAUAAGGAUUGCAAUUUCUCUUAUGCUGGUUUGAAGACUCAAGUUAGGCUGGCGAUUGAAUCCCGAAAUGUCAAUAAUGGAAUACCAAUUUCUUCUGCAAGCUGCACAGACAGAAGCACACGAGCAGAUAUUGCUGCUUCUUUCCAGAAUUAUGUUGUGCAGCGAGUUGCAGUACUGCAUCUAGAAGAAAGGUGUGACCGAGCAAUUGAAUGGGCAUUGAAUCUUGAGCCUUCUGUUAAAUUUUUGGUGGUGUCAGGGGGUGUUGCUUCAAAUAAGUAUGUUAGGACCCGCCUUGAUGAGGUUGUAAAGAAGAAGGGUCUGCAACUUGUGUGCCCUCCUCCAAACCUUUGUACAGACAAUGGUGUCAUGGUUGCAUGGACUGGCAUUGAGCAUUUUCGCUUGGGAAGAUUUGAUCCGCCACCACCUCCUGAUGAACCUGAAGAUUCUGUGUUCGAUUUGCGGCCAAGAUGGCCAUUGGGGGAGGAAUAUAGUGAAGGAAGAAGUGAAGCUCGCUCGUUGAGAAGAGCCCGGAUGCAUCCAUCGCUCACAUCUAUCAUUCAAGCUUCUAUGCAACAAUAACCAUAAUCUAUGUCACAACUCCACUCAAAAGUGAUGAUUGGAGGCUGUGGAGCUUUUUACUUCUUGUACUAAUCGUUUCUCUAAUCACAAAUAGUCUUGACUUUUAGAUUCUGAACCAGGCUCAUCAUGGUGCAUAAAUAGUUUAAAGCCGAUACUCAAGUCUGAAAAUCACAUAAAAGUUAGUUUGGGAAAACAUGGAUGGGUAUGGAGCAAAGAGCAGA